AGAGAGUGUAGCAUCGAGGUCGUGCGUGCCCUUCACAUCCGUCCACAUCCUCCGAGGCUCUGCUCCCAAGCACAGCUCAACGAUGGCACUGCUCAAGUCCAACAAGGUGAUCUACUGUCUGGGGAACAUCUCCCCGUCCCUGGGAGUCCUGUCCACCCGCAACAGCUCAUGGUGGGGUGGAGUGCAGAUGGGUCCCCCCGAUCCCAUCCUGGGGGUGUCCGAGGCCUUCAAGAAGGACACCAGCCCCAAGAAGAUGAACCUGGGAGUGGGAGCCUACAGGGAUGACCAGGGCAAGCCCUUUGUGCUCAGCUGUGUCCGCAAGGCAGAGGCUCUUAUUUCAGCCAAACAGAUGGAUAAGGAGUACCUUGCCAUCGGUGGUUUGGGGGAGUUUUCCAAGGCCUGCGCCCAACUUGCUCUCGGUGCUGAUAGUGAAGUCUUGAAGAGCGGCAGGAACAUCACCGUCCAGACCAUCUCAGGAACUGGAUCUCUGCGCAUCGGAGCCAACUUUUUGUCUCGAUUCCAUGGAGGACCACGUGACGUGUACCUUCCCAAACCCUCCUGGGGAAACCACACACCCAUCUUCAGAGACGCUGGCAUGACGCUCAAAGCAUAUAAAUACUACGACCCGUCCACCUGCGGCUUUGACUUCAAAGGAGCUCUCGAUGACAUCUCUAAAAUCCCAGAGCAGAGCGUGAUCAUGUUGCAUGCUUGCGCCCACAACCCCACCGGUGUGGACCCCAAGCCUGAGCAGUGGAAGGAGAUUUCUGACCUUGUGAAGAAAAAGAACCUGCUUGUGUUCUUCGACAUGGCCUAUCAGGGCUUCGCCAGUGGAGACAUUGAUCGUGACGCCUGGGCUGUGCGCUACUUCAUUGAGCAGGGCCACAACAUCCUGCUGUCCCAGUCCUUCGCCAAGAACAUGGGGCUCUAUGGUGAGCGUGUUGGCGGCUUCACUGUGGUGUGUAACGACGCAGAGGAGGCAAAGAGGGUUGAGUCUCAACUUAAGAUCCUCAUCAGACCCAUUUACUCCAACCCACCAAUGAACGGCGCCAGAAUUGCAGCAACUAUUCUCAACACACCAGACCUGCGCUCACUGUGGCUGGAGGAGGUCCAUGGUAUGGCUAACCGCAUCAUUAAGAUGAGAGAGCAGCUGGCGAAUGGUCUGAAAAAGGAGGGCUCCACCCACAACUGGCAACACGUCAUCGACCAGAUCGGGAUGUUCUGCUUCACAGGCCUCAAACCCGAUCAGGUUGAGCGCCUGACAAAGGAGUUUUCUGUAUACAUGACCAAGGAUGGCAGAAUUUCCAUGGCAGGCGUGACCUCUGGGAAUGUUGGCUACCUGGCACACGGGAUCCAUGCGGUCACCAAGUAGAGUGGAUCCUGCUGGUAGAGCUACAUAAUCAAAGCAGCAGUGUUAACGAGGAGCAUCAUGCGUCACUUAUUCUCUGUCUCCUCCAUUCCACCUUUUAGAAAAGAGCUCAAUGUUUAGUUAGACAUUUUCUCAAUUGGAUUUCAUCAAGAGUUCAACUUGGAACAGUUGCUGCUGUCAAACGGUUUAGUUUCUGUUUGUUUAACAUUUCACCGAACAGGGUCCCCAGCCGAAUUGUAAAAGAUAUAUUUCCCCCGCUAGCGACAGAUCAUCUUUGCUUAUUUAUUAUGUAGAAUCAACUGUUGGCUGUGCAUUAGUGUCCUCCUAAAUGUGUGCUGUUCAUCUGCUGUGGGCCCACUCACUAGGAAACAUCCAGGAACUGACAUGGGGGGUAAUGUUAGACUGUACAUUCAUUUAAUGUACAAGUUGAGAUCUCUGUUGCUAUGGGAAAGCCUGUAGAAAAUGUGAGUCCUUUUUUUUUCUUAAUUAAAAUGGUAGCACUUUAUAAGUUGUAAGGCACUGUUUGAGUUUCAACAUUAGGCCGGCAUUCUGUUGUUAUUUGUCAAUCAAGUAAUUAAUUCACUAUCAGGCUCUGUCUGGAAGUUUCCUAACUAUCUCCCUUUGUCUUCAAUACUUUUCCAGUGGGAUGUGUGAAUAUCUCUUGGUUUCAGUCUAGUUGGUGGCAGGGCAGCAGUCUCUCUCUCAGUCCCUUUUUAACCCCGGAUACAAACAAGCACACAAGCCAAACACAGUUCAACUUAAGCGAUCAAUACUUUGAAUGAAUUCCACCAAAGCCCCAAAUCAAACGCCCCGCCAAGUCUUUGUAUUUGAUACAUGACAAACUUAUUGUCUCUCUGUGUUGUUAUGAAGAUGAAAGGGGGUACGUGAUCAUGGUGAACUCUGCACAAUUCUUGAUGAUACAUGCACAUGCCGCUCAUUCGCCCAGACAUCAUGGUGUAUGUGUACUGUGUAUGAAUCUGUUCCUCAUCGAGACGGUGAGACACAAUAACGACAUUUAGAAAUGUGGGGUUUGCCCCCAGCCUACUCAUACUUCUGAAACCUCUGGCACUACGCCUCCAUGUUUUGCAUUCUGUCAUAAAAUAAUGGAUCAUUGGGCAUGUACCUUAUUGAACAACAAUAAAUGGUCAUAGAGGAA